CUGUCAUAAUAACCCAGCUCCCUGUCCCUGGCUAUAUCAUAUCACUCAACUACCCAGCUGCCACAAUAUUCCCUUCCCCUGGCCAUGCCAUAUCACUAAGCUACCUAGCUCCCAAAUUAACCCCCCCAUCUCCCUUUCACUCACCAUGUCUUGCUCACCCCAGUUCACUGUCACUCAUCUAUCCACCUGCCAUACCUCCCCAGAUCCCUGUCACUGUACAUGCAAUGACGCUCAUCUCUCCAACUGCCAUGGUUCCUGCGAUAGCUGUCACUGUCCAUGCGAUGGUGCUCAUCUGUUCAACUGCUCUGCCUCUGAUUCCUGUAACUCGGCAUGUGUAUCCACCUGCAGUACCACAGAUUCCUGUUGUUGGUCAUGCCACUGAGCUGAUCCUUUGCCCCCUCUCACUGGCCAUGCCGCGUCAGUCCGCUGCCCACCUGCCAUAGAACCCCCAGAUCCCUCACUCACAGGCCAUGUCAUUUCACUCCGCUAAUCUCUUGCCAUAAUACCACCAGCUUUAUGCCCCUCUCAAACAUUAGUCCUGCCAUGUCUCUCGGCUGACCACUGCCCCUCACAGGCACUGGCCAUGUCUUGUCACCUACCAUAAUGCCCCCAGCUCCUUGCCCUUCACAGGCACUGGCCAUGCUACAUCACAGCUGAGCAACUGCUAGCUUGAUGACUGCUCCUAUUUCACAUCAUCCGCAAAAAAACAUUCCUAAGCCUCUAGUAACGUUGCUUUAACAUCAGCUUCCCUAAAUGCCUCCCUACCCCCCCCCCCCCCCCCUUCAACUUGGGUGAAAAUAGACCUAAAUGUCUGCUCUUGCUGCCAUCUGGCCACAACAUCAUGGGUCGCUUUGCUAGUAGUCAGUUGUCAUCCUCAGUGACUGUGGCUGCUGUUGUUUACCCCAUCUUGCUAUUUAUCUCCAUAUAUUAUUGACCCAUUGUACCAUCAUCUGUACUUCUCUCCAGUCACAGGAAGUGGAAGAGCUGGGCAUGGAAGCAGAUGGGCAGAACAAUCAGCCGACAUGCACCGAAGGCGAAAAUCCAUGUUCUCAGGCUCCCAACAUCAGCUCAGCUCCAGAAGAAACCACUGACGCUGUCAGCAAUGGUGGGGACUCUGAGACAAACCAGGAGCUUGUGGAAGUUAAAAUUAUUUGGAACAAGAAUAAGUAUGAUCUGAAGCUCCCUUUGGAUAGCACAGGAGCGAGCCUUAAACAAAAGAUCCAUUCACUAACAGGUCUUCCACCAGCUAUGCAGAAAGUUAUGUUUAAGGGACUCGUUCCUGAAGAUAAAACACUACGGGAGAUCAAAAUGACCAAUGGUGCAAAAGUCAUGGUUGUGGGGUCCACGAUCAAUGAUGUACUGGCUGUGACGACCCCUAAAGAGACUAUUCAGCAAGAAGUAAAAGAAGAGGAAACCAAGAAGGAGCCAUUGUGCAGACAGAAGCUCUUUAAACAUAUGAUUAGAAAAAAAAUCUUGCCUAUUUUGCAGCAACAUCGAAAGGUACUGGACAAAGGCAAGCCUGAUGAUGUGAUGCCAUCAUUGAAAGGAGUGCAGGAACGUCUUCCCACUACCCCAAUAUCCGGUAUGUACAAUAAGUCUGGGGGGAAAGUCAGACUGACGUUCAAAUUGGAACAAGACCAGCUUUGGAUUGGUACAAAAGAAAGGACAGAAAAGAUCCCCAUGGGUUCCAUUAAGAAUGUGAUCACUGAGUCAAUUGAAGAUCACGACGAUUAUCACAUGAUGGCGUUCCAGCUGGGUCCUACUGAAGCAUCUUACUAUUGGGUGUACUGGGUUCCCGCACAGUAUGUGGAUGCCAUCAAAGACACAGUGUUGGGGAAAUGGCAGUAUUUUUGAAGUUACGUUCACCUCUGGCAUAGGACACAAGACGCUAGAAAGAGCUGCCACCAACCACGGCGUUUCCUAGCCCACAUCUGGCCACCCAUACCCAUCCUUGCAAUGAUACCCCAUUACCCUCCCUGCUCACAAGAAAGAAGCCUGGAACUUUUUAGCCAAUUGAAAGAAUCCUGUGGAGCAGAAAAGGCGACUUUUGUAGGAGCCAGAGGUGAACACCAAAAUCUAGUUUACGUUUUUAACCUUUUGCAAGUUGCAGCUUCUUCUCUGCAACUGCGUCAGCCAUAUAUCCAAAAAGCAAAAAUGUGUUGUUUUUUUUCGUUUUCUUUGUGUUUUUUGUUUUUUUCUUCCUCUUGUCCCACGCAUUUCCUGCCGGUAUGACCACCAGGGGAUCAUUUCAAUGUCACAAACGUUUCCCAAUUUUCAAAACUGACAAGCCUGCAAUAUGGAAAUCUGCAUCUGCAGAGGCUACAUGAUAUGCAGGCCACACUUCCAGGUCAUACUGAAAAAUCCCGGCUGUUUUUUCUUUGCUGUGUUUUUGUUUUUUAUUAUUUAUAAUAAUCUUAAUCUGGCAACUUGUAUUUUAUUUUUUUUCUUUCCUCCUUCUUCCAUCAGUUUUGCUUUCAGGGAAGGGUGUCAAUUAAAUCUGCUUCUUUCAUUUGA